AGCAUUUCGUUUCAGAAGAAGAAGAAGAAGAAGACGAAGGUCUUGCAGUUAUAUUGGUUCUUUGAUUUUCUUAUCCUUUAAAAUUUCAUCGCACUUUCUUUCUGGUUCUCGGAAGGCGAAGGAAAGGAUAUUGAUCAUAAUCGGAUAGGAGAAUGCUGGGGAUCUGGAGCAGAAGAAGAUAAACAGGGGGAGACACAGUCUUGAGAGAUAUUCAAGGAGAACUGAAGAGCUCUGUCGAAGAGAUUCUCCAGGAUUUUGUUUAACUUUGCCGCUGAUUUGUGAGGAUUGGUUUCCUUUCAUUCAAUUUCAGAGGAGAAAGGUCAUAAUCCUUGAGUUUACGGGAUACAUUUCCGAGAGAUUUGUUACGGCUUGGAAGAUCGGAAUCUGAUGUGUUUUAUACAUUUUGCAUAUCCUGAGAACUAGAACAAAAACCUGUUGGUGUGAUUCAAGGUGUUCGUGGCCGAGAAAUCUGACUGGUUGAAGGUGUAUAAAAGAUGGAUAGGGACUCGUUGAGGAGCAAUAAUGGAUUGUUAUUGAGGGCUAGUGCCGAUACCACCAAACAAACCACAUCCUCCGAUUUCGUGCUUCAGUGGGGAACUCGAAAGCGGCUCAGGUGCUCCAAGAUCCAAGCCAAAGACGAUUCCACGGCUCCGGUACAGAGGACCACAGUACGGACCGAUCGCCGGGUCAUAAGAUCCGACAAGGACUCGUCAAAUCACCACAAUAUCGCGGCAUUCAAUCAUAAUAGAGACGUUUACUUAAAUCUUCGGCAACGGCAGGCCUCGCCGCAGGCACCACCGCUUCCGCGUGUUCUCAGGAACUCUGAGAAUUCCAGUGCCAUGAGAGACCAUAGCAACGGCGGUUUGAGGGGGCUCACUUCACCGGAUAGAGGCACACACGAGAGAAGAGGAGCAAACAAUAACCACCACAACAAUAACAUCAACCACCAUUACAACAUCAUCAUCAAUAAUCAUGAGAACAACAAGCAGCCAGCUGCAUCUUCAGAGACAGCCCAUGAUAGCAAAAAGGGAGGGUCAUCGUCAGGGAGCGGCGAGGCUGCUGCACCACCAGCGUGGCCACCUAAGUUUGUCAUUGCUUUGACCAACAAAGAGAAAGAAGAAGAUUUCUAUGCCUUUAAGGGGUCUAAGCUUCCGCAAAGACCCAAGAAGAGAGCCAAGUUUAUUCAACGCACCCUCAAUCUGGUGAGCCCUGGGGCAUGGCUAUGCGAUCUGACCCUAGAACGGUAUGAAGUCAGAGAGAAAAAGAUCUCCAAGAAGAGACCAAGAGGGUUGAAGGCUAUGGGAAACAUGGACUCCGAUUCCGAAUAGAGUGGAACUAUGGAUUUGAUCCGUUCCCCAUUAUUAGAAAGUGUUUUGCAGAUGUGUUAUGGUGAUGAUUUGUGGGUAACGUCCGGUUCUCUAUUCGCUAUUGGAAAUGUUGGUAUAUGUAAACCUUAUUGUCUUUCACACAAUGGAAGAAUAAAAUUUUCGAAUCAUUUUUGUUCUUAUUUUA